GGGGCCCCGGGAGCGCGAGCCGAGGCCGGCGCCGCUGCAGAGCCGAGCGAAUCCCGAGCCCGGGCAGCAGGAGAGAGGCAGAGGAAGAUUAGCCUCAGAAGAAAUUGUGGCAGCAACGUGACCGUGGAUACAGAGACUGGAAUGAUGAAGCCACAAACCGAGGAGUUCCUAGAGUGACCAGAAGCUGGAAGAAGAAAGGAGUGGAUUCUCCCCUACAAGCCUUGGAGUGAAAGAAGCCAAUCUUAGAAGGCUACAUACUGUAUGAUUCCACCUAUCUGACCUUCUGAAAAAGGCAAAGCUACAGAGACAGAAAAAAGGGCACUAUAUUUGUAUGUGUCUUGUAGAACCCACGCUUGGAAAUGCUGACAGCAGGCUUCAGGACAGCUGAGCCCCACUAAACACCAAGAAAACCCAUGGCUCUGGCUGCAUCUUUCAACAUGACCAAUCCACAGCCUGCCAUAGAAGGAGGAAUUUCUGAAGUUGAGAUCAUCUCCCAACAAGUAGACGAAGAAACCAAGAGCAUUGCUCCUGUGCAGCUGGUGAACUUUGCCUAUCGGGACUUGCCUCUGGCUGCUGUCGAUCUCUCCACGGCGGGCUCGCAGCUCCUGUCAAAUCUGGACGAAGAUUACCAAAGAGAAGGGUCUAACUGGCUGAAGCCGUGCUGUGGGAAGAGAGCAGCCGUGUGGCAGGUAUUUUUGCUCAGUGCAAGUCUCAACAGUUUCCUGGUAGCCUGUGUAAUAUUGGUGGUGAUUCUCCUGACUCUGGAACUUCUAAUAGAUAUAAAGCUUCUCCAGUUUUCCAGCGCGUUCCAGUUUGCUGGUGUGAUUCACUGGAUCAGCCUGGUCAUUCUGUCCGUGUUCUUCUCAGAGACUGUUCUACGGAUUGUGGUGCUUGGGAUCUGGGAUUACAUCGAAAACAAAAUAGAGGUGUUUGACGGGGCUGUGAUCAUCCUAUCUUUGGCUCCGAUGGUGGCGUCCACUGUGGCCAAUGGACCCAGGAGCCCCUGGGAUGCCAUCAGCCUCAUCAUCAUGCUCCGGAUCUGGAGGGUGAAGAGGGUCAUUGAUGCCUACGUCCUGCCAGUGAAGCUGGAGAUGGAGAUGGUUAUCCAGCAGUACGAGAAGGCCAAGGUCAUCCAAGACGAGCAGCUGGAGAGGCUGACGCAGAUCUGUCAGGAGCAAGGGUUUGAGAUCCGACAACUGCGCGCACACCUGGCGCAGCAGGACCUGGACCUGGCUGCGGAGCGCGAGGCGGCGCUCCAGGCCCCGCACGUGCUCAGCCAGCCACGCAGCCGCUUCAAAGUGGUGGAGGCCGGCACGUGGGACGAGGAGACAGCGGCCGAGAGCGUCGUGGAGGAGCUGCAGCCCUCGCAAGAAGCCAUGGUGAAGGACGACAUGAACAGCUACAUCAGUCAGUAUUACAAUGGGCCCAGCAGUGACAGCGGUGUCCCAGAUGCAGCUGUGUGCAUGGUCACCACGGCCGCAAUAGACAUCCACCAGCCCGACAUCUCCUCGGACCUCUUCUCUCUGGACAUGCCCCUCAAGCUUGGCGGUAAUGGCACCGGCGCCACCUCGGAGAGUGCCUCCCGCAGCCCGGUCACCACGGCCCAGAGUGACAGCAGCCAGACGCUGGGCUCUUCCACAGACUGCAGCACCGCCCGCGAGGAGCCAUCCUCUGAACCGGGCCCCUCUCCCCUGCCGCUGCCACCCCAGCAGCAGGUGGAGGAGGCCACAGUUCAGGACCUGCUGUCCUCCCUGUCAGAGGACCCCUGCCCAUCCCAGAGGGCCUUGGACCCAGCCCCCCUCUCCCGGCCCAGCCCAGCAGGCUCGGCCCAAACCAGCCCCGAGCUGGAACACAGGGUAAGUCUGUUCAACCAGAAGAACCAGGAGGGCUUCACUGUCUUUCAGAUCAGGCCUGUCAUCCACUUCCAGCCCACUGUUCCCGUGCUGGAGGACAAGUUCAGAUCUUUGGAAUCCAAAGAGCAAAAGUUGCACAGGGUCCCUGAGGCCUAGAGCCUGCCAUGGGCUGGGUGGGAGGAGGGGAGACAGCCAUCUCAAAGCUCUCCUGGGACCCUGGAGGCUGCCAAGGGCCACAUGCGGGGCCUAGGAGCCCACCUGGCCUCCCUCAGGGUGCUGCCUGCCUCCAGGGAGGCGACGCCAGGCCAGGAGGCCACAAGCUUCAGACCUCAAAGCCCAGAGCUGGCGCCUCUUCUCACCCUGCUCAGGGGAGGGUGGUGCUCGUGGCUGGGUUUUCUUUUUAACCAUUUUUACAAAAACCAGCCUGUGGCCCAGCUUCAGCAGGGUAGAGUGCGGGGGGCCAGCUCAGCCUCUUCCGUUGCCUUCGUUCCUGACGCCCACCCUGGACUCUAGGGAACAGCACUGUGAGCAGGGGCUGUCCAGCCCCACCCCUAAGCCGUCUUUCCCAGGAAUCCUGGGUGGAGUCCAACACAAUCACACGGAGACCACCAUCUGAGCCUAUGUCAUUUGUCCUCAUUUUCUCAUUCCAGCAUGAGCGUUUCUGAGUCUCUUCAAGACAAAUCUAGUUUUCACCUUCACAGGAUAUAAAGGGAUCAAUCUAGAGGUGGGUGGGAGGGUCCUAGGGGGCAGGGGGACAAUCAUUUUCCAACCUUGGCUUUAAUAAUAAAAACCAGCUGCACUGAGA